UCCGUGAUGCGUUUUAUACUGGCUAUUCCUUCUCUGUUUGGGGAGUGUCACAUAGCUGUGAGGAGGCUUCCUGUCCCGGUACGGGAUAAACCCCAUAGCCACCCAGAUCAGCUGUGACACCCCACACACAGACAGACAACAGCUAGGACGCUCAGGGACAUGAUGUUCACGCAUUUGGGUCUGGAUGACGUCACCAAGCAGAGAAUAUUGCAGGCUCAGAUGCUGUCUAAAGAGGCCAGAGGAGGGAGGCUGAAUCUGGGGAUGAAGGUCAGCGUUCCAAAAGACGUGAUGAUUGAGGAACUCAACCUUCCGUCCAAUCGAGGUUCUCGCAUGUUUCAAGAGAGACAGAAGCGGGCUGAGAGAUUCACGCUGGAGAAUGUGGCCAACAUUGCUCACAACGCCGCCCAUCCAGUGGCUGUUCCUCCCCCGCAAAUCAUCCAAAAGCCUCAGGGAGGAAAGGAGAACCAAGCUUUCGCUACCGCUGGAUACUCUGCCCCACUGAAUGAGAUCCCACAUGAGAAGUUUAACACAACAGCGAUUCCCAGAUUCUACUGGUCUCCAUGGAGGGAAGCUUUGCGCCAUGACAAGGAACUUCUGGAAGCCCUCAAUGCUCAGUUGCCAUUACCACAAAGACAUCAGGUUGCCCACUACAGGUGUUUCAACAGGUCUCCCAUGCCGUUUGGAGGGGCACUGUCCAGCAAGAGGGUGAUCCCCGUUAUUAGCUUUGAGGCCCAAGAAUCCCCAAACCUGCCUGGCGCCACUUUGGACCGCAUGCACCAUCGGCCUAAUUUCAACAUAGCGCCAAGGGGGUGGAGAGGCCAUCAGUGCCCUGAAUCUAAUGAACUAUGAAAAAGGACUAAUUAACUUAAGACCGUCAUCUCUGUUAAUCAGCAGCAACAGCAGGAGGGAGGGGGAAAAAAACACAUAAUAGAUAAUGUGGUUAGCUGCUACACUGAGUGGCUGCGGCAGAUGAAGCAACGUCAGGGUUUUGAAAUGGUAAUUUUCACAGUCGAGCACUGGAUUAGCAUUAUGCCCAAAACUGUUAGUCACAAGCAACACUCAUUCGUAUAGCUUGACUGAAUCUAGGGUUGCAACAACAAUAAUGGAAAAUAAUAAAAUAAUGACAAUGAACACA